GUUCAGUUCAGUACAAUGCAGUUCUCAUGCAGCGAAAACGAACAAAUUUCGUGACAUAACCGCGUCAUAACCUCAAGUCUGAAAAAAGAUUUGUGCUACGUUAAGACGAGGUUACGGCGAUGAUAGGCAAGAAUGAAAAGACAGAAAAAAAGAAAAAAGAUGAGAAUGAUAUUGCCGAAAAUGUAUCAACGAAUGAAUCAAUCGAUGAUCAUUCAUGGGGAAUGGAUCUGUAUCCUGAGAGAAGAGGAGCAAAAUUAAAACGUAGCUGGUUCAAGACAAUGAUAGGCUUGGAAGGACGAGAAUCGUUAGACAAUGUUAGAUGCGAAACUAAUGUAUAUUAUUGUAUAAAAAAUAGUCCUAUAGUGAAACUUAUGGUAGCAGCAUUGAAGAGCUCAGGAUGUGAAAUAGAUAUUCGGCGACAUAUCUCCUGUGAAGUAUGCGGUCCAUAUGUAACUGGUGGAUACGAUGCGGAAUUAAAUCAGGUUGUUAUCUGCCAAAAUUCAGCUGUCAGCAAAGGAGCAGUGCAGGCUAAUCUUUUACAUGAGAUGAUUCAUAUGUUCGACUACUGCCGCAACAAGUUGGACCUGAAAAACAUUGAUCACCUGGCCUGUACAGAAAUCAGAGCUGCAAGUAUCGGUCAUUGCAGUUUCUUGGGCUCAUUGGUUCAUGGAUACUCAUCUUUUACUAAUAUAAAAGCGACGCAUCAGAAUUGUGUCAAGAGCAAAGCUAAGCUGUCGGUACUCGCUGCGCAUAAAGUAACACCAGAAGAAGCAGAAGCGGCCAUAGAAAGAGUAUUCACCAAAUGCUACAAUGAUCUGGAGCCAAUCGGCAGAAGAAUUCGUAGAAAUUCGGAUGAUAUGACGAAAGCAUACGCGGAAGCGUAUUUAUAUGGGUAUACAUAAAUAUAUAGAUUGUUUAUACAAUUAAAUUGUUGUAAACAAUUGUUGUAAUAUAUAUUUACCAGUAUUUACAUACUAUAA